AUGGAAAAACGCAAAGCCAAAUCUUUGAACGCCAUAUACCGUAACCCUCUCCCGAUACCGCUUGCGCAGGAAAAAUUCGGCGCUUUGCCGCCGCUUAUUCUCCACAAUCCGGUGUCAUGUGUAUAUUUUUUGUACCGUUUGAUGCGGAUUUAUCUUAGCGUGAGCCCGGCAGCGGAAGAAGUGCCCAUCGCCGUUGAGAUGGCGCUUUCAGGCGACGAGCCCGUGUUCUAUGUAAAUGACGCCGCAGAUAUGGACAGGUGUUGGCGCCAGGGCUUUUUUGGGAAGGGCACUCUUUCAAGAUCAGAGCCCUUAUGGAAACAGCGGGUGCUGCGUAGGUUAAACUUGGCGGGCCGCCAGGACGAAGCCACAAUGGAGGAAGUGACCAACGUAAGACGAGAAGAACGGAAAAAAUACAAAGAGCUUCGGAGCAAGUUCCAAAAGUACGAGACUUUGCUGCGUCAGCGAGAGUUGUCACCACUGGAGGUAGAGGAGUGGGACAAUGUUCGGCUUCAGAUGCUGGAAGCAAAGGAAACCAAGAGCGUUUUGGCUGACAAUUUAGAAGAGCAGAGAACCACCGACUGGAGAGAAGAAGAUUUGGCGAUCAUAGACCCAACGACUAUGGAACUACGCCAGCAGCUUGAGGUGUUGAUGCUUCAGAAAGCAGAAGUCUUUUUCCUCGCUUUUGCCCUUGACGUUGUUAAGGUGACACACAACCACAAUGUGCUUUCUUUGAAACAAACAUUCGAAGCCUGCACUGGUGACAACGUGGUCCCGCAAAACAAAUUCAUCUUGGACUAUGUGGUGUACCACCACUUUCGAAGCUUAGGAUGGUGUGUUAGGAGUGGCAUCAAGUUUGGAUGUGAUUUCCUUCUCUACAAGCGGGGCCCGCCUUUUAUGCAUGCAGAGUAUACCGUGUUGGUAAUUCCAUCAGACCAAGAGAGCUGGAAGGCUUGGGAAGACAUAAUGGCCGUGAGCAGAGUGGUGAGCGGAGUCAAAAAAAUACUUAUUUUGGUGUACGUCGAUGUGCCAGCGACUGAGGUGUUCGAUUCCGUUUACCGGGAUAUGGACCGGGGAAAGUUCAUGGAGUUACUUUCUCUCUAUCGUGUGACUGAAGUUGUAUGGAGACGCUGGAAUCCUAGCAGGACUAGGGACUGA